GCUUAACCUCCCUCUAGUUCUAGGUCAGAAGUCUCCGGAGAGCGGAAACCAGAAACGCGAAAGAAAAGAGCAUAAUCAGGGUUUUAGCAAAAGAACCCAAGACAUCAAAGUAAAGAGAAGGGAGGAACAGGGAAUCCACGCAAAAUGACUACGCGAAUCGCUCCAGGAGUUGGAGCGAACUUGCUUGGUCAACAUUCCGCCGAGAGGAACCAAGACGCCACUGCUUAUGUGGGCAAUCUCGAUCCUCAGGUAUCUGAGGAGCUACUAUGGGAGUUAUUUGUUCAAGCCGGUCCCGUUGUUAAUGUUUAUGUGCCAAAGGAUAGGGUGACAAACCUGCAUCAAGGAUAUGGAUUUGUAGAAUUCCGAAGCGAAGAAGAUGCUGACUAUGCGAUUAAGGUGCUCAACAUGAUUAAGCUUUAUGGAAAGCCAAUACGUGUAAAUAAGGCAUCUCAAGAUAAAAAGAGCUUGGAUGUUGGUGCAAACCUUUUUAUAGGGAACCUUGACCCUGAUGUGGAUGAGAAACUUUUGUAUGACACUUUCAGUGCUUUUGGAGUCAUUGUAACAAAUCCCAAGAUAAUGAGAGAUCCAGAGUCAGGAAAUUCACGUGGUUUUGGAUUUAUCAGCUAUGAUUCAUUUGAGGCAUCUGAUGCAGCUAUUGAGGCAAUGAAUGGCCAAUACCUCUGUAACCGUCAAAUAACAGUUUCUUAUGCAUAUAAGAAAGACACCAAAGGGGAGCGCCAUGGCACCCCAGCAGAGAGGGUUUUGGCUGCAAGCAACCCAAAUGCCCAGAAGAGCAGGCCCCAUACUUUGUUUGCAAGUGGACCUCCAUCACUCCCCUCUGGCCCCCAGGCCAACGGUGCUAUAGGUGCACCAGUGCCUCCACGACCUUUUGCAAACGGUAGUGUUCCUCCUGGCCCGAUGCCUGUAGUUCGUCCUCCACCGCCACAAAGUGUACCCUUCCCACCAAUGCAGGUUCCUGGACAAGCACCUUGGCAGGGUCAGCCACAGCAACCAGGUCAACCAAUUCCGCCUCCAGUCAUGCCUCCUCAUAUGCAGUUUAGACCUCCUCCACCAAAUAUGCCACCACCACCACCUCCACAGGCAAUGUCUGCUCUUUCAAGACCUCCCCCACCAAUGGGAAUGGGAGCAUCACAAUGGCCACCACCGCCACCACCACAGCAAAUGGUUGGAAGGCCCCCCAUGCCACAAAUGUCAAUGCCACCCCCUCCCCCACCUCCAUCUACAAGUUAAAAGAUCCGAAAGUCUGUUUCUCUUGAUUUACUAAUUGUAGUUGCAUUUUGGUUUCUCAUGGUGAUGCGAAUGAUUAUAUGAAUUGUUCUCUAUUGAUGUAUGCAUACCCGAAAAUUUGACUGUAGAUGGGGUGAUCGUCCGCUACUGCAAAUUCCUUGAUGCUAACAUGUUAAUGUCUUAUAAGUUUCUAGUUUCAUGUUGAAAUCAAA